CCCGCGGCCGCCGCCGCCAUUUCGGGCGCUGCUGUGAGACUGAGACCGGAGCCGGUCCGCUGGGCGGCGGGCGCCGGGGCAGGAGGGGCGCGCGCGCGCGCGGCGGCGGCGGCGGCGGCCCAGCGUAUAGGCGCGGAGGCGGCCAUGGCGGGCAACUUCGACUCGGAGGAGCGGAGUAGCUGGUACUGGGGGCGGCUGAGCCGGCAGGAGGCGGUGGCGCUGUUGCAGGGCCAGCGGCACGGGGUGUUUUUGGUGCGGGACUCGAGCACCAGCCCCGGGGACUAUGUGCUCAGCGUCUCCGAGAACUCGCGCGUCUCCCACUACAUCAUCAACAGCAGCGGCCCGCGCCCGCCUGUGCCACCGUCGCCCGCCCAGCCUCCGCCCGGGGUGAGCCCCUCCAGACUCCGAAUAGGAGAUCAAGAGUUUGAUUCAUUGCCUGCUUUACUGGAAUUCUACAAAAUACAUUACUUGGACACUACAACAUUGAUAGAACCAGUUUCCAAAUCCAGGCAGGGUAGUGGAGUGAUUCUCAGGCAGGAGGAGGCAGAGUAUGUGCGAGCCCUCUUUGACUUUAAUGGGAAUGAUGAAGAAGAUCUUCCCUUUAAGAAAGGAGACAUCCUGAGAAUCCGGGAUAAGCCUGAAGAGCAGUGGUGGAAUGCGGAGGACAGCGAAGGCAAGAGGGGGAUGAUUCCAGUCCCUUACGUGGAGAAGUAUAGACCUGCCUCCGCCUCAGUAUCGGCUCUGAUUGGAGGUAACCAGGAGGGUUCCCACCCGCAACCACUGGGUGGGCCGGAGCCUGGGCCCUAUGCCCAACCCAGCGUCAACACUCCGCUCCCUAACCUCCAGAAUGGGCCCAUUUAUGCCAGGGUAAUCCAGAAGCGAGUCCCUAAUGCCUACGACAAGACAGCCUUGGCUUUGGAGGUCGGUGAGCUGGUAAAGGUUACGAAGAUUAAUGUGAGUGGUCAGUGGGAAGGGGAGUGUAAUGGCAAACGAGGUCACUUCCCAUUCACACAUGUCCGUCUGCUGGAUCAACAGAAUCCUGAUGAGGACUUCAGCUGAGUAUAGCUCAACAGUUUUGCUGACAGAUGGGAACAAUCUUUUUUUUUUUUUUUUCCAAUUGUCAUCUAUACAGUUUUCUUCCAGACAUCAAAGCAGUCUAGUUUAUAUAAGCAUUCUGUUACCUGUGAUCUUUUUUAGACUGAACUACUCCAUCUCUAGUCUCAUUUACCAUAUUCAGGGUACGAAACUGGAGGGCUCGUGUGUUAACUUCUGAAUUGGCAAUUUUAGGUGAUAGCAGCCAUGCCUGAGUGUAUCAGAAGGGAUGGGUAUUUUGCAUCCUUUCCCUCAGGUGGUGCAGAUCAACCUGUGGAAAACUGAUGGACACGAGAGGAAUAUUGCACACUGCUUACCCUGAUUUACUCAAUGGUUUUGUUUUCAUUUUGAAAUCAUGCUAGCAAAAGGCAAUAGACUGUUCCCUUCCACCCCCAUGAAGUAAUAUUGCACCGUGUGAAUAGGAAGUACCCAGUGGGAUUGCUUUUUCAUUUAUAGAACAUGACCACUGUGUGACUCAUUCUGACAGUUUGGAUCCUGAGAUUUCCGAGGACACUACUAGAGGCAUUUGUCUUCCUUCCUAGUCAAUGCUUCAUACUUUUUCUUGGGAUUCUUUAAAUCCUUGUCAUUCUUUCCCCCAAACCUACAAAUAUGUUCAUUCUCAAGAAAAGUAUUUUUCAUUCCAGAUGACAAGCAGGAUGUGCAGAGCACUUUAUUCAGUGCAUAGCUUUAAGCCAGUAUUGGAUUCACCGAGUGGACACCCAAACUCCCAGCUUUCUGCCUUCCCUCAAGGGGUCAUAGUAGGUUCACACUGCUACCACAGCUAAAUAAACUCCUGGCUAAUGGGAUCCAGUAGGGCCAUUUUUCUCUUGAGUGCCAGAAUCCUGUUAGGGGACUCUUUGAAAUUCUUAGCUUCUACUUGCUUGGAGUGGAAGGACCAAUCACUUAGAAUAUUCCAUAGAGGGUUGUAGGGCCAAAUUCUGCCCUUUGCUUUAUGUGCAACUUGUAUACAAGUCAGGUUAAAAUUACAUGAGUUUGGGGUAGAGUUAGUGCUUUUCUAAACAUUUGAACCAAUCAUAAAUUAUGUAGUAUUCAUUUUACAUGGCCAGAAUAGUGCUUGAAGUACAUUACAUUAUCACCUGCCUUCAUUUUUGGCUCUUUUUCUUUGUGCUCCAGUUUAGUUUACAAAUCCUUUCAAGUAUGGAAGGUUUAUGUGGGGCCAGGUGCUCCAAAGAAUUGACUUCUGAGACCAAAAAUGAUCUAGGCUAUUUAGACUACAAUAUGAAACUUUCAAAGUUAGUUCCCAGUCUAGAAAAGCACUUACUGGUCUAUGGUGUGGUAUGACCCAUAGAAACACCUUAUAUUUUGCUUUGGGCCUCAUUUUAGAAAAGUAAUAUAUCUUUCGAAUUGUUUUUACGUAGGUUUAUGAUUAAUAAUGCAUUCUUUGAACUAUACCAAAUCAUGGUAUCCCAGUGACUAGCACAAUGCCUGGCAUAGUCGGUGUGCAGAUGUCUGUGUGAGUGAAUGAGGGGUGCACAGAAGCUCAUUAUACAGCACAGGGAAGCCGGCUGACACAGGAUUACAUACCACAAGCAAACUAAUGAGUUGACGCUAAUUUAUUUUUACCUCACACUAAGGUAAUGCUUGAUAAAAAUAUUAAUACUCAACUUUUAAAAGUUAGCACAGUGCAAUGCACAUAGUGGGUGCUCAAUGAUGUUAAAUGAACAGAUUUGCAAUACUAGACUUAAUUCCAUCUGACUACUCUUAAAUUUUCAGUUAGAGCAGAGAUACUGUAAAAUUCAAAUUCAAAUCCACAUUAAAUCUUGUUUUCCUGGAAGUAUGACAUCUAAAAUACUUGUAGAAAAACCUUGUCAUAAACUGAUUUGAAUGUGUGUAUUUUCUUUUGCCUUUGACUUUGAUAUUGGCUUGGAUAUGUCUUCAUCAUAUGUAAUAUUAGUGGAACAUUCAGCUCUACCCAAAUCAUAAGAAUUUCUCAAUGAUCAGAUGACUGAAAGCCAUUAUAUGAACUGUUAGGUUGGAUUUGGCUGGGUGUGUCAGUUGUUGGACCUUAAUCAAAGGACUUCUAAAAAGUAUGUUCCAAAAGCAAAUGCUAGAAUCCUAUUCAAGUGCAUAUGUACAUUGUGACAGAGCAAAGUAAACUGUAAUUGGCUGCUAUAUUUUAUAUAAUCAUUUCUGCAAAAGCCCAGUUUUUGGAUACUAAUAUUUGACAUGGUUAAUUCUUAUUAAUUUGUUGGAAUUGUUUAUUGUUAAUAAUGCAAAUAGAUAAUUUUUAAUUAUCCUUAAGUAACAUUUCACUAUUAAUGGUUUGAAGUGGGUGAUAAGCAAACCAAUUUGAAAUAAAAUAUGAACAUGUGCCAUUGUAUUAUAACACUAUACACUUUCUUGACAGUUAAAUUUUAAAAAAUGUUUUUUUGUAGCAUGUAUUGUAUAUGUUUAUAGUAUAUGUAGUAAAUAAAAAUAUGGCCAAAUGUUUGGCUUGGUGA